CGGCACAAAGCGUACCAGGGCUGUCGAGGCUUGCAACUCAGCUGAGUUUCAGUUAAAAACAAACUGUUGUUUUAUAAUAUAAUAAUCAAGCCUUUAAAUGGUCCUAACGAAGGUGUAUGACGCCGCAACAGUGUUUAGGCACUUGAAUGGAAUCUUGAAUGUGUACAAGCCGGCUGGAAUGAAAGUAAAACACGUUCGCAAUGCCAUUCUAAGCAAUAUUUGCAAAGGACUUAACAGCUUGGAACAACGGGAGCCUCGAGAACUACCAAAAAGUCCCCUACUCGGCACGGGGACUGCAGGAGAUGACGUACUUCACAAAAUAGCAAGCAAUCCGGAUCUCUCCGAUCACAUCCUAUCCGCUGGACCGCAUUACACUCCAAGCGAUGUGCGUUUCUCCACAGUAGCCCCUUUGGGAGAUCACACCAGUGGCGUUCUACUGUUCGGCAUUAACAAGGGCACUGGUCAAGCCAGCUGUAUUAAAGGAAACAGACCUGUUCGCGUCUACCACAUAACUGGUCGCAUGGGUACCGCAACGGAGAACCACCUGCCAGACACCCAUAUUACCGUGCGUUCCAAUUUCCGACAUGUCUCUGCGGAAAGAAUCAGUGGCCUAGCAUCAUCCAUGCAAGCAUCGCACCAGAGAAAAAUGUACGAGCUUUGUGGUGUUGAUUUGCAAACCCAAGCAGCUUAUGAGCUUGCAUGUAAGGGGCUCAUUCGCCCAGCCGAUAACAAUCAUCCGGUGAUAUAUGGCAUCAACUUGAUUCACUUUGAACGUCCGCAUUUCACACUAGAGCUGCAUGCUAUCAACGAGACUGAAGAGUACCUGGCUGCCCUGGUUCACGACAUGGCCCUAGAACUACGAACAGUAGCGCAUUGUGCCCAAAUCCGUUGCGUACGUCACUCCCACUUCGAUAUUAGGGAUAGUCUAUUGAGACAUGGUUGGAACCUGCCUGGAAUCAUGAAGAACCUGCGCAGACACCGAGAUUUACUGCGGGAGCACCCGCAGAUGAUGCACCCAAGACAAAUCAAUCUACAAGCCUGAUAAAUUUAUUUUUGCUUAUAUGAAUACUGUUUCAAAAAUAGUUUUUAAUACAUAUAUGUUUAUAAAUCAAUUACACUGGAA